UACCCUCUUUUCACUAGAUGGAACCAAGAAACGUCAUGUAUACUAACAGUAUUUUUAUAUUUGGUUCUGAAAGAUUUUGUGAAAUAAAGAAAGACGCAAUAACGUCCUUGCCGUUGGAGUUGUCUUGGAAAAUAUUUUCAUAUUUAGAUGAUGCAUCAUUAAGGACUGCUGUCAGGGUGAUCAAAACUUGGAAACAAAUUAUAAUGACCAAUAAAAAGCUAAGGCGACGACUCAAUAUAUUCGAAUUGGGCCUUAAACUUGGCUCUCAUCACUUAGCUAGAUUCCACAAAGAGAAUAGGCAAAAAGUAAAAACUAUCAAAAAGUCUACAAAAUACUUGCCUAUUUAUCAAAAUUCAGAAAUUUCAACUGACAAGAAAAUUUACAAAUCUAAAAGAGGUGGCGAUAUCUUAGUUGUAUGUGCUAAACGAUUCAAAUUAAACAGCUAA